AUGACCACUGAAGGACUAGUAGUUCCAGCAUUGUCUACUCAACAAGAUGAUUCUACGUUUGAGUUUGAUAAAGUUUGUUCCAAGACCGUUGUCAGAAGUCAUUUGGGCCUUCCGAAUGAUGCAACCGAUGAUCAAGUCAUAAAGAGAAUUAGAGAAUAUUACAACAUUAGUGAAAUAUGUAAUUUUUUGAAGCAAAAAGUCGAAGGGCAUGAACUUGACAUGAUCCCCAAAUAUAAACAUGUUACGCUUCAGUUUCCAGAUUCUUUGAUUUGCGAUUCUGCUUCUAUUGUACAUGAACUACAAAGAGAAUUAGGACUUAUGCCUCGCACCGAGGAUUCUAGCGAAGUCAAGUGUUCUGCUGAUAGUUGCUGUAAGACGGGUAAAGUUGAAUCUCCUUUAUCUCAAAAGCUUUGGAUAUUAGCAGAUACAUCAUAUUCAUCAUGCUGUAUUGAUGAAGUCGCAGCUGGCCAUGUUAAUAGUGAUCUUGUUAUACAUUUUGGUGAUGCCUGUCUUAAUGUUGUAGAAUCAUUGCCAGCAGCAUAUGUGUUUGGUAAGCCAAGCUUGAAACUUGAUAGUGUGAUUACUCAAUUUAAGGAAAUUUAUGCAAAUAGAGAUCUGAAAAUAUUGAUUAUGGCAGAUGCGCCACAUACACAGUCUUUGAAUCAAUUAUACAAUAUUUUAAAACCUGAGUAUCCAAAUUUGGCUUACGCAGACUUGUACUUAAAUCCAUCGUCUAAUGCAAGUAUUAUUGGCUACGACCCUUGCCCAUCUCAAAGUUCGAUUUUGAAUGUCUUGAAUAGAACGAUUAUCGGGUUAGAUAAUGGCGAUAUAGAUACUGAUAUUGAUACUAUUUUAUUAGAGCAUGAUCUAUUUCAUAUAGAGGUUCCUGCUGUUCCACGUUUAUUGCAGCUCACAACUAGAUUUCAAUCGGUCACUACGUUUGAACCAAAAUCUGGAUUGGCAUCCCAAGGCCCAUACCCUAAAUUAAUGCGUCGUUAUAGAUAUAUGCAUAUGGCUCGUUCAGCAGGUACUGUUGGUUUAUUGGUGAAUACUCUAUCUUUGGCGAAUACAAAAACUUUGAUAAAUAAAAUAGGUCAGAAAAUUAAAGAGGCCGGGAAAAAGCAUUACGUAUUUGUGGUUGGAAAGCCUAACGUAGCGAAGUUGGCUAACUUUGAAAAUAUUGACAUAUGGUGUGUUUUAGGUUGCGACCACCAAGGGAUUAUUAUAGAUGAGAAUAAUGAAUAUUACAAGCCCAUUGUUACUCCUUAUGAAUUAUUGUUGGCAUUAAAUAAAGAUCAGAAUUGGAGUGGAAAAUGGGUUACUGAUUUCAAUAAGGUACUAGAAGAUAUGAGUUUAGAAGACGAGAGAAACAAGCAAGAGAUUAAUGAUGGAAGUGAUAAUAAUGAAGAAGAUUCUGAUGAUGAAGCUCCAGAAUUUAACCCUGUUACUGGCCAGUAUGUUAGUACGUCUAAACCAUUAAGAAAAUUACACCAUUUACAAAUCUCUUCUCAGGAACAACACCCUGAAUUAGAUAAUGAGGGAUCUCAAGAUUUAGUGAAGAAGUUUUCUAGUGCUGUUGCAAUUAAGGAUACCGUAUCUACAUCUGCUAUGCAUUUACAAACGAGGCACUGGACCGGUUUAGGAAGUGAUUUUCAGCAAAAUGAUAGUGACGAGGAAGCAAAUAACGAAGAUGGUGCCCUUGUUGAAGACGGUAGAGCAGGAAUCGCAAGAGGUUACGAUUAUGAUAGAGAAACAAAAUUUCAAUGA